CAUGACCGUUAGAAAACAAUUUUUGAAGCGGUUCCUCGAAUCCCGGUUUAGUACAUUGUGGAAUGUACAGCGAGGAGCUACUGUGUUACGCAGCUCCGUAUGAUGCUAUCGAGAAAAAGAAUGCCGAGCUCGAUCGGAUCGAGGUUUUGCGUCGUCGAUGCACGACUUUCCGACCUAGCGUUGCGUCGGAUUCGUUUCUUGGGGCUCGUUCGAGCGCUCGUUAAAAUUAAUCCGGAUUUCACAUUUUUACCUAGUAGCCCGUAUAUGUGGCAACAGGGCAAAUCUUUUCCUGCUGGGUGCUCUGCCACUUCCUAGUCAAAAGAAUUUCCUCAAGCACAAACAAAAAUAUAUUUAUACCGAGGUUGAGGAUCGACGAAACCGCGUGCGUUCGAACGGGCACGACGGACGGUUAUCUCGGAGAGAUUUUCCUCGUACUCGGGACAGCCUCGGCACCAGUUUUUUGAGAGCAAAUCAUUUCGAAAACGUCGGUGAGCGUCGCGCCGUACAUUACCUUCAAGACCCGUGUUUCACGUUAUUUGAGCGCACCCUUUAAUUCGGCUUCGCCUGAACGUGAGUGGAUUUGUUUACGUUAAAUAGCGUAAAGUUUACGAUCCGCUGAAAAGAGUUUCCGCUACCCGUAAAUACGCUCUUGCACAUGAACGCGUACGUAUACGUACGUACUACACGUACAUAGAUUUACGUUCAACACUGUCAAAACUCAAAGGAUUUUGGCGAAAUUCAUAUGUCAAGACUGAUCGAAGCGUCGCUGUUAUGGUUCCUUAAAUAGUUUGGAGUACGUCGCAAAGGACGGACUCUUGUAUAUAUUAAGGUUUGCCCGUGUCGAUGGAUCGACAAUGGUAUCGCUACCAUAGAGACACGACGCGUACCGAGAACAUGGAGCGACAAAAGUAUUAUACGUGACAAAAGUACCGCUAAUGGUUCUUCGCCAAUUUUCUGGUCAUCCUCCCGAUAAAGACAUGGAGGAACCCGUGAAAAAGAAACAGCGCGUCAAAAGCGACGACGACGAGGACGACGUCUCGGAGAUGGAGAGGUUUCAAAAUAGCCUGCUGGCGCAAUGUUUGUGUAAUAUUCCUGAAAGUACUCUACGUAAGCCGUUCAUUUGUACGGUUCAAGCUAUAGGCGGAGGCUAUAGAUCGACGAUACUGUCGGAAUGGGAACCGGACAAGACUCUGCAGUUCAUUAGUGCCUUACAACUCCUUUUCGACUUAGCCAUCAGGCAAAAUACAAGAGGAGUCAUGUGUAGCAGGGUAGCGGACGUCUGCGAGGCGCUUUCCAGGAACGAACAUGGUAUUAUAGAUCAAAUAAUCGAUCUUUCUUGCACCUCCAACAAGUUCAUAUCGUUCACAGCGAGCAGAGCACUCGCUGCGUUCUUUAUCAUAACAAAGGAGAAUAUCGAAGCAUCGUGGCUGGAAAGGUUGACGCAGUCCCUAAUGAACACUCACUCCCCGAGUCAGAUGUUAUUUACCCUGGAUGUAAUAAAAAGGGUAGUGGAGCACAAAGACUGCAGUAUUCAUCCGAUAAGCGACUCCGAGAGUACCAUUCCCCCACCCGGGUGCAACACCCUGACCAUCUCCGAUCCGGAAAGCUUGGACAGCACUCCGGUUAAGGCAAUGUGCGUGAAAGCCUUGGAAUCAAAAUGGACGACGUUGGUUUCCAAGUUCGAUGCCAUUCUUGGAUCCUACACGCCGCAGCACGAAUCCGCCGUUAUCACGUUCCUGGACCUGUGGGAGUCCAUAAUAUCCGUGAAGGCAAAUUUAUCCGUCAUAGAUACGAAAUUGUUUUACUCCCAGUUGGACAAUCUGGUAAUACUCUUAAACGGUAACAUACCCGGCGUCAUCUGGAGGCAUCUCUUAGGGCUGUUCAACGAAGUAUUAUGCUACGGAAGCACUUUGGCUCUGCAGGACGUCCUUCCGGACGAGCCCUGCUCCUUGGCUCACCUGGUGGUACGAGCCGUCAAAGACUGGAGGCUUUUGGAUUCGCUGCCAUAUAGGCAUGGCUCCGGGAGAUUCGGCGGUGGCUCCGGAGAUGGAGACCGACCGCUUCUGCAGAAAGUCGUCCUGUUAGUUUUAAAAAGUGUCGCGGUAACGGUGAAGGAGACGCGAAGUGACUCGAGCGACUCGUCCCUGGGCUCCGAGGCGGAGGACUUGGAUGCCGACAUGGCGGUCAUCGAGCGCAGCAUCAGAGAGGUGCUACGCCAACUGGACCAGUGCGUCAAGGCGUUGAUGCCCUUUCAUCCGGAAAUGUCUCUCUCUCAGUGGGUCGUCCAAAUGUUCCACGACCAGGAUGACUUUCUGAUCGAAGGCAUGGUGUGCUGUUUGGACGUGGCGGUGGGACUCUUUUACAGAGGCCCACCGCAGAAUGAUCUCGGUCACAUGCUCAGCCCUACGUUGACGUUCAUACAAUUUGUCCGCGCCGUUUCGCACGACCCCGACGUACUCCUGGAUUUGUUGGUCAGCAACGAGACCUGCUUUCUGCUGUACCUCCUUAGAUUUCUAAAAUACGUCAGGCGAAAUUGGUCGGAGUUCAUAACAUGCUGCGGAAGAGAAUUGGACGAUAUCAUGACAGUACUGAUAAGGCUCAGACUAGCGAUAGAUAGGCUCGUAUCUAAAGCUUUAUUUCCGUAUAACAUUAAUCCGGUGUUGCGUCUAUUGGAGAAGUGCGAGUCCUUCUACGAGGGCAACAUUGAGAACUAACGAGCCUGGGUAUUAAGAAUAAACUUA